UGGAGGCUGGAGAGCGCAGUCCCAGGGUGUGGGCGGGGCGAGGCUGCAAGGCGGGGCGGGGCCAACCAGAUGAGGGGGCGGGGCCAACCCGGGGCGGCCUGCGCUCUGCGGCGAGUGUGCGGCGGGGGCGGAGCUGCUAACGCGGGCCACGCCGUAAACAGACAACAUGGCGGUGGCGCCAGGGGCUCUGGGCGCCCUGCAGGUUUGCCGUGUGCGAUCGGUGACAACUGGCUGUGCACGUUUGGGCUCGGGCUGGAGGCUGCCCGAUUCCUUGAAGGGCUCGCGUGUCGGCCCGGCGAUCGGGGCCUGGGGCUGGGCGUGCGUGGCAGGUGGGGCUCUCUCCCGAAGGGGCUACAGUAGCUCGGAGGUGAAGACAGAGGACGAGCUGCGGGUGCGGUACCUGGAGGAGGAGAACCGAGGUAUUGUGGUGCUUGGAAUAAACAGAGCUCAUGCAAAAAAUUCUAUCAGUAAAAAUCUUAUAAAAAUGCUAUCAAAAACUGUGGAUGGUUUAAAAUCUGAUAAGAAAGUUCGGACCAUAAUAGUCAGAAGUGAAGUCCCAGGGAUUUUCUGUGCUGGUGCUGACCUUAAGGAAAGAGUCAAAAUGCAUUCCAGUGAAGUUGGUCCUUUUGUCUCCAAAAUAAGAGCAGUGAUUAAUGAAAUUGCUAAUCUUCCAAUGCCAACCAUUGCAGCAAUAGAUGGGCUGGCUUUAGGUGGUGGUCUUGAGCUGGCUCUAGCAUGUGACAUAAGAGUAGCAGCUUCUUCUGCAAAAAUGGGCCUGGUUGAAACAAAGUUGGCAAUUAUUCCUGGUGGAGGAGGGACGCAGCGUCUUCCCCGUGCCAUCGGGAUGUCUCUGGCCAAAGAACUCAUCUUCUCGGCACGUGUACUUGACGGCCAUGAGGCCAAGGCAGUGGGUUUAAUCAGCCACGUUCUAGAACAGAAUCAGGAGGGAGAUGCUGCCUACAAAAAGGCUUUGGACCUAGCCAGGGAGUUUUUACCUCAGGGACCUGUUGCAGUGAGAGUGGCAAAAUUAGCAAUUAAUCAAGGGAUGGAGGUCGACUUAAUAACAGGAUUAGCCAUAGAAGAAGCUUGUUAUGCUCAGACUAUUCCAACAAAAGACAGACUUGAAGGUCUUCUGGCUUUUAAAGAGAAAAGGUCCCCUCGAUAUAAAGGAGAAUAAAGAAGAAGGAAGAGGAGGAGAAAUCGUCUUUGAAAUACCAGUGUCAUAAGUGUACUUCUGGAGUUCUUGUUUUUGUCUUUGUUUUUCAGAUCUGGUGGAUGCCUUAGCACAUGGAACCCUAACAACCAAAGUAAAGAGCUGAGUAUUUGUAUAGUGUACUAAGCCUCUGGAAUUGGACCUAUGUGUAUCCUCUAUUCAUAAAUGUAUCCUGUCAUAUUCAUUCUGAUUUAUAAUGCUAGAAUAGCAAUAUAUACUGUAAAAAAUACAGAGCUAAAAGUAGGUGUACAUUUAUAAAUAUUUCCUGCAUAUGAGGCUUUCUGUUCUUAAUUUUGUAAUGUGAAUAAUUUAUAUAUUGCACACUCUAGGAAAUAAUAUUGAUUGUGUAUCUACUGUGCUGCAAUACGAAAAAAUAAAAUGAUUUCUAUAUACCAAAAAUGUGAAGAUAAACCAACUAAUGUCUUUCUGAGGUAUUAUGAAUAUGUGCAUAGAAUAUAUACAUACAUACAUCUCCUUCUAAAGGAGGGCAUCAGUACUCUUAAGUGAAAAUUACCAAAUUAAUAAAAUUCAUUAAUGGAAA